AAUGGAUGAAAAUGAGAAGAUUGAUAUAUUCUCUUGUCCCCAGUUGUUCUAUUACGAUAGCAACGAAAAUCGUUGUAUUUCUUGUAAGCCGGGAAGUUACUAUGAUAAAGAAAAACGUGACUGUUUCCCCUGCGCACCUGGGGAAUAUUCAUCUUCUAGCGGUUUGUUACGCUGUAUUCCCUGCCCUAAAAACUUAAUAACAAACACUUUUGGAGCAAUUAACAAGAAUCAAUGUAUGUACAAACAAAUCGAAGUCUCCCAAGUUUACGGUACCAUUGGACAAACUGUAAAAGUGUCUUGUUUACCUGAAUUCUUGAAAAGAAGAAAUUUGCUACCUAAUUUUAUAAAAUGGUUUAAAGCGUCAAAAGUACCUUUAAAUAGCAACAAGCGUUCAUUAGAUUUAACGAUUAAUGACGCUUCUGACGCAGGUAUUUACACUUGUUCAGCCGUAAUGAAGGGUAAAUCAUACGAGUUCAAUCAUCUAAUACUGUUGAUAGAUCUAAAUACUAUUAGAUUUAAGGUAACUUAUGGCUUAUUAACUCAUUCCUGCUUCGAUAGAUACCCUUGGGAUAUCGCUAGACAUAUGACGGAAUAUAUUAAAAACAAUAUAGGCUCACCAUCUAAAUUAAAUAUUCAUAAGGAAUGCGGUCAAGAUUACGGUGAAGUGCUGUUGAAUCGACGUUGGCCUGAUGAUAUUGUUAAUUGUAGACUAAUUAAUCACCCGACAAAACCUAAUGUACAGUAUUGUUAUCCUAAAACUUUUAAAACAUUCUUUCUGUUCGGUGAGGACUAUUACAAUUUGACCGGAAAUCUAUAUCGGCCAAAUAUAGGCGAUAAUACAUACUACAGGAAACUUCAAAGAAUAUCCGUUGUAUCAAAACCGGAUAAGGGAUCAAUUAUAUUUAAUACUAUGGACUGUAUGUGGAAGGCGUACUCCACGCUGCAAAACUAUUAUAGAUAUGAAAGGACAGAUGAAGAUCACGAUUAUAACGUAUACAUUAGACAUCUUCUAAGAAUACUUCGUUACGACGCAUCCGUCAAGAUGGAAUAUCCAUUUGCCAAUUUUUCAUGGACCAACCUGGAAUGGAUAUUUGCAGUACGUUAUUGCAUAGUUUGCAGUUUGUUUGGUAAUCUGAGAUUGAAUUUGUACAAUUUUACUGAAUUAUCAAAUUCUUCCUAUGAGUCUAAAUUCUAUAAUAAAUAUGGUCAAAAUGGUGUUAUAAAGUCUCCAUUAUCUAUUGAAUACGAUUGUGAUAAGGGUUAUGAACCCGACGAAUAUAUGCUCUUAUGUAUAGGCUGUCAGCCAGGAUAUUAUAAACAUGAGAAAGGUAGAAAUCGAUGCCUAGAGUGCCCUUUAAAUACAUACCAAGACUAUCAAGGUCAACAAUUAUGUAAACUCUGUCCAAAUUCAACUUUUACAGAAUCUACAGCAUCAUUCGAUCUCUCCCAUUGCCUUAUUGAAUAUCCUAAUAGAAUUUUAGUGAGAGAUCCGAUCAUUAGGAGAAGGCCAAUCGGGUUCAGAGUGUCAAUACAAAACAUUAAUUUUCAAACUGACUUUUUCGCAACGUUUCCUUUUACAACUAGUCAACCUACUCUAAAAAAUUGGAUUAAAAUUUUAAUAGGCCUAUGCACUCCUUUACUUUUUUCAAUAAUCGUUUAUGGUUCCCUAAUAAUGUUUGCUCGUUUAAAGAAACCAAAGAAAGAUAAACAGGAAGUUUUAGAAAUACUUCUAAAAUCGAAAUUUCGUAGGCCUAAUAAAGAAGUUGAAGAUGCACUUUUAUUGGUGAAGUCUAUAAAGAAUAAAAACUUGUGUAAAAGUGGAUAA